AGAAAGAAAGAGACAGAAAGAGUCAGAGGGAGAACCACAAAUUCUACUUGUUUGAAUCCGUUUGUCUUAUCGAACAGGCAGCUUGAUGUUUUUUUAAUAAUUUGUUGUAGUGGAUACUUUCUCAAACCUGAUCUAUCGAGUAGGAAACUCUAGAGACGCUGUGAAAAAAAACAUCUAAGAGGUCAUCUUCACAAAAUGAACAUCAUGGGUAUUCAGGCCACGCUCGCCGUCCUCCUGUUCGUAGCUACUGUGACGGCUGGUGAAGGAGGAGUAAGCUUCUGGGGAAAAAAAUUCAAAAUGACUUGUCCAGAAGAAGGGGUCUGGUUCAAAAAAGGAGUAGAAGUAAACAAGACUCAUGACUCUAGAAGUCAGACUUAUGAACUUGAUUAUGAUGGCAAAAACAAAGGUUUAUACCGCUGUGAAUACCUACCAUCAGACACAUCAGACAAACCACAAAAAUAUCAUUUCUAUGUGAAAGGAAAAGUGUGUGCAAAGUGUUUUGAGCUGGACGGGAAGUUGUUCUUACUGGUCAUUAUUGUGGAUGUGCUGGGGACAGUAGCUGUGAUGUUGUUGAUCUGCAUGUGCACCAGGAAGAAAGGCUCAGCUGGACUCUCUCAUGCUUCCACAGCACCCGCUCGCUCGGGAGGCCGAGGUCCACCUGUUCCAUCUCCUGACUAUGAGCAACUGAACCUUCACACUCGCUCGCAGGAUCCUUACUCUGUGGUGAACAGGAUGGGAUAGAGACAGGUCACCUGACUGCACCAGGUCGCUGGUUUAAAGUCUGCACAGAUUAUGAUCGACAAAAGACAUACAAGAACAUCAACCAUGCUCCCAGUAGCAUACAAACACUGGUAUUUACUCUCUUGGAUUGAAAGGGUUGCUUAACACAAAUAUAUGUCAAAUAACUAAUUGUCUCAUUUACCUCUGGUAUUAGUCAGGCAAUGUAGUUUAAAUUUUAGUUGUGCCAGUCUGCUGUACAACAGAGUUGAAUGGUUUUUGGUUGGAGGUGCUCAAAGUAUUUAACAUUGUAAAACUAGUUCGGGACUACUUUCUGUCAAGGAAAUAGUCCCCAUGAAACAUCGGUACACCAGCCAGAGGGCACUUCAGCUACCAGGGGGUCGUGAAAAGACAGUGUAGGUCAGCUAAUGUGAAAACAAUUAGAUAUUUAUUUGAUAAUACAGUAUAUGUUCAAUUCAAUUCAAUUCAAUUGUAAUAUAUGUCAACAUAAUUGUGUUUAUAAAGUGAAUAAACACAUCGAGAGGAUUACAAAUUGGUGUGAUGCUAAUCCUCAGUGUAUUUACUGUCACAGUAGUCUAUUUAAAGCCUUUAAGUUCCCAUGUAAUGAUCUGCAUUCUUAAUCAUGUUUCAAAGGAAAUUUAUUUUCUCCUGAACUAAUGUCACCGUUUUAAAACAUGUGACAUUAAAGAUUCAAACAAAAGCUGUUGGUUAGGUUAAGGAAAGAUCCCAGUUCGGGUUAAAAUAAGUAUGUUACGCACGUAUGGUAAACUUACUUAAAUAUGUUAAAAUAAGUCAACGUUGACUUUUGGUUUCACAAGAAACACAACCAGAGGUCACCCGUUUGUUUGACCCCUCCUGCCUCCUGCCUAUGCCACCUUUUUUUCUUUUUAAAUACUUUUUUGUUACAUAGAAAACAUACGUAAUCCAGGAUAAAAUAUGCUUGAUUCAAAACAGUGACAUUGUAUAGGAUUUUAAUUAAAAGAGGGCUUUAAUUGAGAGUGCAUGAGAACUAGUUAGCAGAAAUCCAACAUAAAGCAAAACAUAACAUAGAAAUGGCUAAAAUGUUGAGUUUCUUUUAGAAGUAGGAUUGCAAACUUGACUGAUCACAGAACAAAUGAAAGGGACAUCAAGACUAAGCAUCGGCUGAUAGGACUGUACCGGGUACGGCAGACAAAAAAAGGUUGGGAACUAUUUUAUAAUUACUGUUACUUUAAAUACUGAGCACCACAAAGACUAUUCUAUUUUUUAUGUAUUGUAUUGUUGUGAGGGCAGAAACCUUAUACACAGAUGAGGCCAAAACCAUAAACCAAAACAAAUAUGUUUAGAGGGAAGUAAGAUAAUAUGUUUCUUAAAUAUACAUAAUGUACAUAUAAGUUUGGUUUUGUUUUUCUUUCAGUUAUAUGAUUAAGCAUUGAUGUUAUACCUUGCUCAACAGUUUCAGGACCGUAUUCAGGACCCUAGUUACCAAACAAAACUGGCAUAAUGUACUGCAGUGCCAGAUGAAAAUCUCCAAAGUUUUCCUUUGAGUAAGCAGUUAGCUAUGAAAGAUUUGGUUAAAAGAUCAGGCUUCUCCUUAUAUUAUGUUACGUUACGUGAUGUUACGUUACGUGAUGUUACGUUAAGUGAUGUUACAUUACGUGAUGUUACAUUAUGUGAUGUUACGUUAUGUCAGGUCAGUGGUGGAAGAAGUAUUCAGAUCUCUUACUUAAGUAAAAGUACUAUUACCACACUGUGAAAUUACUUCACUACGAGUAAAAGACCUGAAUUUGAAACCUACUUACUUAAAAGUACAAAAAUAUCAGCAUCAAAAUAUAAUUAAAGUAUCAAAAGUAAAAGUAUUCGUUAUGCAGAAUGGACCCACUCAGAUAGUUUUCUAUGUUCUUAAUAUAUUACUAGAUUAUUUGUAUUGAUGCAUUUAUGUAAGCAUCAUUUUACUGUUGUCCUGGUAGGGCUAAUUUUUAUGUUAAAUCUCGACCUGAAAAGUAACAAAAGCUGUCAACUAAAUGGAGUGAAGAAGUUUACAGAUACAAAUGUGGAAAUACUGAAGUAAAGUACAAGUACCACAAAAUUGUACUUAAGUACAGUACUUGAGUAAAUGUAAUAAGUUACAUUCCACCACUACGUAAAGUGACUAACAUCUUGUAUACUGAAUUAUAAAGUAUAUUAUUACCUAUACCUAUUCACUACAGUGUCUGUAGCAGGCUGCAUAGUAUGCAUAAUGUUGUCAGGCCAGUUACGGCGACUGCAUUCUACCAUAUACCUGCAGAACUAGGGUCCUCCGAAUACUGUCCUGAAACUGCAAGAACACGCUACUUGCUUACAUUAGAUUGUACAGGCAUACCUAAUAAAGUGGCCAGUGCCAAGUGAGUGUAAAUAUCUUUUUUUGUUUCUUUAAUGCAAAACAUUGGAAGAGAGUCUAAUAAUUUACAUGGUUUCAUUAAUAAAAGUCAUAUUGUCAUCAAUAUGAGAGAUACCUGUUUUCUGUACAUAUAUGUUUGUCAUUUUUAAGUUUAGACUUUGUUAAAAGCGCACAUGUAAAACUUUAAUGCAUAAACUUAGUUGUGUUGCUUCUUGUUUUUUUCAUUUCUGCUUCUUCAUUCUAAUCUGCUGCGUUAAUCACCUUGUAACUGUAAUGGACGCAUGUGUCACUUAUAA